AUGUCGACAUACAGUGGUAGGCACGGCCCCAACGUGUCCCAGUACCUCCGCGACCUCAACACCAUCAGCCCUCAGGACACCACUGCCCCUGCCGAGGACGCCUUCAACAUGGAAGACGACCUUGCUCUCUUCACAAAUACGCAGUUUUUUGAUUUCGACUCGGGCCAGAACACCGACUUCCAGGCCCAGCCUGUCAAGGUGGAUGUUGACACUUCUACCGGACAUGGGUCGACUCGGUCUGGCGACGUGACACCUGCCCAGGCUGCUAUCGGCGAUAUGCCCGAUUUGGACUUUAUGUCUGGUGACUUUGAUUUUUCCGACUUCAACAACGCCUAUGCCGCCGCCCCGCACAUGAAUGCCUUUCCCGAUUCUGCGCAGGGAUUCCAGCCUCUCCAGCCUAACCACCAGGUCCAGAUCCCUCAUCAGCAGCCCCAAUUCCGCCAGGGCCACGCCAGAACCGGAGACAAGCGAAACCCGGACGCCAUGGUCUCCGCCCCUACUCCCGCGCCCCAGCAGAUGAGCUUCGAGGAUGCCUCUCGCGUCGCUGCCGACGAGGACAAGCGCCGGAGAAACACGGCCGCCAGCGCCCGUUUCAGAAUCAAGAAGAAGCAGCGAGAGCAGGCUCUUGAGAAGUCUGCCAAGGAGAUGACCGAAAAGGUCACCGCCUUGGAGAACAAGAUUGCCCAGCUGGAAACUGAGAACAAGUGGCUCAAGAAUCUUCUUGUUGAAAAGAACGAGGCCGGCGACGACAUCACCGCCCUGUGGAAGGAGUUCACCAAGCACGCCAGCGAAAAGGCCAAGACUGCCGAGUCAUCCGCCACCACAGAAGCCGUCAAGGAGGAGCGGUGA